AUGACUAUCUUUUCAAAUCUAUUCGGAGCAAACCAACAACAGCAACAACAACAGGAGACUAUGUCCAAGGACAUGUCUCAGAACUUGCCUCAGACUAUGUCACAAAACACAAAUCAGACAGAAACAAGUGGUUUAACUAGACAAAAGACUAAUGAGUCAGAGGAAGGUGACCAUAUUGAUUUAUUCGCAAACGUACGGGAUAUUCCCGUCGCUGCUUGGCAUAUUCGUGGUAGAAAUAAGUACUACAACGAUGAGGAAUAUAGGAAAUUGGUAGAAGAAGCUAACACUAUCAUGUUUUCUAGUAUAAUGUGA